UGCUUCGUUCACGGCUCGUCCACCGCUGUUGAGGGGAACACUUCUCAUGUUCGUAGUUUCCGGUCGGACAACUUUGCAUGUAACGCAGCCUGAGCCUGUGAGAGUAAAGCAGUUAAGUGUUAUAAGUUUAACUUGUCCCCGUUGCUUGUAUUUUUAUCAGUAAGAGAUGGACGACCAGGGCUGUCCGAGAUGUAAAACAACGAAAUACAGGAACCCGUCACUGAAGCUGAUGGUGAACGUGUGCGGCCACACGCUAUGUGAGAACUGUGUGGAGAUGCUCUUCGUUCGUGGUUCGGGGAAUUGCGUACAGUGCGACACUCCCCUCAGGAAGAGCAACUUCCGUGUGCAGCUCUUCGAAGACCCGUCGGUAGAUAAGGAGGUGGAGAUCCGCAAGAAGGUGCUGAAGAUAUACAACAAGAGGGAGUUUGACUUCCCCAGCCUCAGAGAGUACAACGACUACCUGGAGCAAGUGGAGGACAUAGUUUACAACAUGACAAACAACGUGGACGUGGAGAACACCAAGUUGAGGAUGGAUCAGUAUCAGCGGGAGAACAGGGAUCUCAUUCAGAAGAAUAAGGCUACUCUUACCCGAGAGCAGGAGGAGCUGGAGGAGCUGCUGCUGCUGGAGAAGCAGGGGAACGAACAGCGGAGACUGGAGGUGCUGCAGGAGGAGCAGAGGCAGCUGCAGGCCAGGAGGAAGAACAAGCAGGCUCUGCUGGAUGAGCUGGAAAAGUCCCAGGUUCCCGCCACCAUCUUGUUGGCUCAACACAAGGCCCGUGCUGCUGAGCUGGAGGUGGAGAUUGAACAUCAGAAACAGUCGGUCAAACCUGCAACUCUGUUUUCAAGUGGAAUCCAGCGUCAGACCGUGUCUCUCCUGCCUCCUCCAAAGAUUGAGGAAGUCCUGUACAAGUACAAAGCUCUUCACAUUGAAACCUACGGACCCCUGGUACCGGAACUGGAACAGCUGGGAAGAAUAGGGUAUCUGAACCACGUGCGGGCGGCCAUGCCUCAGGACACAGCUGGAGGAUACACCUCAGCCCUGGCCUGUCAUCGAGCCAUUCAGGACGCCUUCAGUGGCCUGUUCCCGUCGUAGGAUUGACAGCAGCUGCGGGAUAGAAAUGUGACUGAACCCUCAGUAGAACCUGACCUCAGUAGAACCUGACCUCAGUAGAACCUGCAGUGAGCUGCUGCAGCAGACAGAGACUCCUUUUUGGUAAAGAUGUAAAUACUUUUUUAUAUUUUGUAAUGUUAUAUUUGAAUAAAUAACAGAUUUUCAACAGUGAGCAUCUGUCAACUAAAGGUUUUAUUGAUAAUUCCGUGAAGAAGGGUUUAGAACAGAAGAACAAUCCAAUAAAAAUGAACAUCUUCCGCAGCAGGAUUUACCCUCUCAGAUGUAGGCACUUUGAAGACCACAUUCAAGCAUUUGACUUUUUUUUCUGUUUUAUGAUCAUUUCAAUAGUGUAGCAGUUAGCACGCCUGCCUCAGAAACAAGCAGUGAGUCCUGGGUUCAAUUCCCAGAGGAACCAAAUGCUUGAUAAUGUUAAUCCUCCUCUGUUCGUCGCUUUGGAUAAAAGCGUCUGCUAAAUGCAUAAAAAAAUUAAAAUGUAAAUUUCUUUGGAGUGAAGCACAAAAGAUAAGGUCGUCAUUUAACUUUUUAGAAGCAGAUGGAAUAAUAUAAGUGAAUACAUCACUCAGCUGCUUUGUUGGAAAAGAAAUCCAAUUGUAAUUAAAGCACUUUACAGCAAAAGGAUAUUUUAAAAAAUACAGGAACAAAUGCAACCAUAAAACACAACUUCUGACUUUAAAAAAAA